AUGGCGGGGCUGGCGGUGAAGGCGGGGAGCAGGCCGCCGUGGCUGGGGCUGGGGGCGGCGGUGUGGGUGCAGGCGUCGGCGGGGACCAGCUCCGCCUUCGCGCUCUACUCGCACGCGCUCAAGGUCGCGCUCGGCGCCGACCAGAGCCAAAUCGCGCUGCUCGGGGUCGCCUGCAACGUCGGGGACAGCCUCGGCCUGCUGCCCGGCGUCGUCUGCAACAAGCUCCACCCGGCGCUGCUCCUGCUCGUGGCCGCCGCUUCCGGCCUCCUCGGCUACGGCGCCACCUGGCUCGCCGUCUCCGGCAUCGCGCCCGCGCUGCCCUACUGGCUGAUAUGGAUUGCAUUAUGCGUUGGUUCAAACAGUGGCGCGUGGAUGUCGACCGCCGUUUUAGUAACCAACAUGAGGAACUUCCCCCUAAGCAGAGGUGCUGUCGCUGGCAUCCUCAAAGGCUACUCUGGAUUAAGUGCAGCAGUCUACACAGCCAUCUACACCGGCGCGCUUCACGGUUCAGCUGCAAACCUCUUGCUUUUUCUCACUCUGGGAGUUGCUACCGUCUGUCUUCUGGCAAUGUACUUUGUGAGGCCCUGUGAGCCUUCUCUGGUGGAGAAUUCCUCGGAGCGAGUUCACUUCCUUUUCGUACAAAUCAGCAGCGCUCUUCUCGGGGUUUAUCUUGUCGCUGCCACAACAUUGGAUAAUUUUGUGACUCUUUCCCCUGCUUUGAACUAUUCCCUGCUUGCCAUUAUGGUCAUUCUCAUUCUUUCACCAGUAGCGAUACCCGUGAAAAUGACAUUGUUUCGAACUAACCGAAGGAAAGGCUCUUCCGCCGCUGAUAACGAUCAGACAGAACCAUUUAUUCUGCCUUCGUCCACUGAACCGAACUUGGGCAAUAUUGAAGAUGAGGAUCCUGCAGAUAUUGACGUUCUCUUAGCUGAGGGUGAAGGGGCUGUGAAGCAGAAGAGGAAGAAACCAAGAAGGGGAGAGGACUUCAGGUUCCGUGAAGCUCUGCUGAAGGCAGAUUUCUGGCUGCUCUUUGGAGUGUUUUUUAUAGGUGUUGGAUCUGGAGUUACCGUUCUCAACAAUCUAGCACAAAUUGGAAUUGCAGCUGGUUCCGCUGACACAACUAUAGCAGUCUCUCUCUUCAGUUUGGGCAACUUCUUUGGCCGCUUAGGAGGUGGUGCUGUUUCUGAUUAUCUUGUCAGGUCAAGGACGAUUCCACGUACAGUGUUGAUCAUAGGCACCCAAUUGGUGAUGAUAAUCAACUACCUAGUAUUUGCAUUGGGUCUCUAUGCUACGCUCUACAUCUCCGUAGGCAUACUUGGCAUCUGCUAUGGUGUCCAUUUCUCGGUGAUGGUGUCGACUUCAUCGGAGCUGUUCGGGCUGAAGCAGUUCGGGAAGAUCUACAAUUUCAUCUUGCUAGCGAACCCACUCGGUGCGCUCGUGUUCAGCAGUCUUGCAGGGUAUAUCUAUGACCUUGAAGCUGCAAAGCAGCACAGUGCUGGAGCAGUGGGGGACUCUGAGAAUGUCACGGUAUGCUACGGGCCCAGCUGUUUCAGGCUCACGUUCUGUGUUCUGUCAGGCAUGGCCUGCUUGGGAACGUUGCUGGGUGUGGUUCUGACCGUGAGGAUCCGACCGGUGUAUCAGAAGCUCUAUGGAGGUAGCCAGCCCAGGAUCUCUGGACAUUGAUGGCCCGUGACUGGUGAGCUUGUUUGUGAUCUGUUGUAAUGUAUUGUACUACUUGAAAUAUGAGCACGUGUUUUUUUUUUUUUGGGUGCUCUGUAUUGCACUUUUGGGACCUGGUUCUUGAUUAGUUCAGUCUUGGUCUCUGUAUAUGGUGAGGAAUGAGAUAUGUCAUUUUUUGAGGUUUCUGGUUGAUCCUCUGGAGCAUGAACCUGAAGAUAUAAAUAUAUUAA